AUGAUUUCCAACAUUCUCCGCCGCCUUCAGGGUGGGAACCUGGAGGUUUUCAAGUUUGGCACAUACGUGCUCUUCCCCAUCGGCUGGAUGUACUACUUUGGCACGAAUCUCGAUGAUCGGUUCCACGUGAAGAAUUUCUGGCCCACCGCCGAGCAAUCACAUAAGAUUCCGCUGGACAAGGAGGAGAUUGACAAGGAGCUCGCUCGUAUGAGAGCGCUCGAUGCUCUGCGGAAAGAACGGCGAGAGAAAGAGCAGGCUGCGCAAGCGGCUCAGGCGGACGCAGCAACACAGCAAUCCCAAACCGCUCAAUAG